AAAAAAAAAAUUCAUUAUUUUCGAAAAUACUUGGAAUUAAACUUUCCUUCCCUCCGUACCCUCUGAACUCUGGCAUUCUCAAAAAUUCCUGCAGCUAAGUAACAGAAAGUAAUUUUCUCUUCUUCCUUGAAGAAAACAGAAAAACAAGUUGGCGGGGAACAUUUUUGCAGCUGAACUUCGAGUUACUCAGGUGUUAUAACAGUCGUGGAGUGAAGGCAUUUUGAUUUAAAGGCUGUGAAGACACGAAUUCAACUUUUGUAGCUGGUUAGAGUUUGGGUGCAGAGACAUGGUGGGGCUUUCUCUUGCGGAACAACGCUUUAUACAGGGAGGAAUUGCUCAGAAUUUGCGGUCAGAUGGACGUGGUCGAGAAGAUUUCCGAUCAUUUUCUAUUGAAUCUGGAGUUAUUCCUCAGGCAAAUGGUUCGGCAAGAGUGAGAAUAGGUUCAACUGAUGUAAUCGCAACGGUGAAGGCUGAUCUUGGAAAACCAAGUCCAUAUAGACCUGAUCAAGGGAAAGUUGAAAUAAGCAUUGAGUGCAGUUCUAUAGCAGCUCCAGAGUUUGAGCGGAGAGGAGGAGAUGAACUGUCUAUGGAGCUUUCAGGAGCCUUGCAGAGGAGUUUGUUAGGUGGUAAAAGUGGAGCAGGGGCAGGUAUUGACCUAUCAAAUUUAAAAGUAGUGGAGGGGAAAUUUUGUUGGGAUCUUUAUAUCGAGGGACUGGUGUUGAGCUCUGAUGGAAAUUUUCUGGAUGCAUUGGCUAUUGCUAUUAAGGCAGCCUUGAGUAAUACUUGUAUUCCAAAGGUUGAAGUGGUGCCUGGUGCCUUACCUGAUCAGCAAGAGGAUGUUGAUAUCAGUGAUGAUGAAUUUUCACAUCUGGAUACAUCAGGCGUUCCAGUCAUAGUGACUUUAACCAAGGUGGGAAUGGCCUAUAUAGUGGAUGCAACUUUAGAAGAGGAAUCUCAAAUGAGCUCAGCAGUUUCAGUAUCCAUUAACAAACUGGGCCAUGUAUGUGGACUGACGAAACGCGGAGCUGCAGGACUUGAUCCAAGUGUUGUUCUUGCUAUGAUAUCUGUUGCAAAACAUGUUGGCCAGCGUUUGAUUACAUUAGUGGACUCAGAGAUUGCUGCUGCUGAAGCUCGUAUGGCUGACGAUCAAUUAUAAAUUUUUAUAUCCUGGUGAUAUGAGAUAGUUCCUUGCUGCUAUCAUUAUUAUUUAAGCAUGUUGAGUCUGUUGAUGAGAUUUACAAUAGCUAAUUGUCCUGUUGGAGGACAUAAUCCUUCCUGUCACAGUUCUUGAUUAAAUCAAGUACACAAAUACCAUUUCAAUAUGAAUUGGUUUGGAAAGCCCUUCGGUGAUUUAAUGAGAAGUGUGAUUGUCUCAUUGAAGAAGAUAUGAUCUGUAGAGGUUAUUUCUUCAUAAUCUAUAGUAGGUUGUGUUCUUUUACCAAAUUAAUUUUGAAAUGUUCUAUCAUUGCAGUCAAAGAAAUCAACUUGCUCCCAGUUGGUUUGGCACCAUCUAAUGAUUCAAGGAAGUCUAUUAUUUUUCUGCAAAAAUCAUUUGGUUAGGCUAAAUCUUGUCUGGAAGGCACAUAACUAAUUUUUUAAUUUUUGAAAGCCCUUGGGUGAUUUUAUGUGUAA